AUGGCAACCACGACGACGACGGCUGCAGCCCCAGUAGUCGAACCCGCUGAGACACACAUCUCGCACACGGCCGGACGGCUGGCAGUCACUGACAAGGAGUACGAUGGCCUCGAUCCUGAAUGGAGGGCCCUCUGGAACGAACAUGGGAGCUCAAUGGUCAGGGCAGACGAGGUCUCGAUUGAAGAAUACCGGCUCGACCCGGCCAAGUACAGCUUUUCGUAUCCGACUUACCCUGGCCCCGAGGUGUUUCACGUCGAAGACAGACGCAUUCCCGUGACACGGCCAUCGGGAGAGAUCCCCAUUCGAGUGUACUCUCCUGCCGGGCCAGGGCCAUUUCCUGUGCAUCUCAAUUUCCAUGGCGGCGGUUGGGUCUUGGGCGGACUCGGUUCGGAGGCGGCAUGGUGCAGACACAUGUGCAACAAGUCCAACGUCAAGGUAAUUGACGUAGAUUAUCGCAUGGGUCCGGAGUUUCGCUUCCCAACAGCCAUCUACGACUGCUGGGACGCGACAAUUGAGAAUGCCGAGGCGCUUAACGUUGACCCCAAGAGCGUCUCAUUCGGAGGGCUCUCAGCGGGCGGCCACAUGUCCGCUGUGCUCGCACACUUUGCGCGCGACGAAAACGUUGAUAUAAAGCUUCACCUGAUGAUUGUUCCCGCCACGGAUAUGAGAUACUGCAGCACCAAGAUCAAGGCGUUGACCCCAGAUAAUUGUCCGUAUGAGAGCGCGCGGUCUUUUGCAGACCUCCCGUGGGGUCCGCUGGGGCGCGAGCAGUGGUUUCUCAAAUACUGGCUCGGCGAAGACGCAGAUGAGCAAGAGCGCAUUCUGAAUGAAGAGUGGAUCAUGACACCAGUGUUGGCUCCGCGCAUGGGUGGUUUGUCGCCGGCGCAUAUCGUCACGGCCGAAUUUGAUCUCGAGCGGGACGAAGGAGAAGCAUAUGGCCGCAUGCUACAGCAGGCGGGCAAUCGGGUCACAAUGAAGAGGUACGCGGGCAGCCCGCAUGCCUUUGCCCAUUACAACCAUCCCCAGCGGGGAUUGUCAAAGAGCUUUGAGUUUAUAGAGGACACAGCGGCACUGUUGAAGGAAGUCCACUACGGGUAUUAG